GGAAGCAAGGAUGACAACGCGCUUCGAGACUCGCAAGCGGAACAUUAUCGAACAGCUUGAUUGUCCGGAUGAUGAGUAUCAAGAUCUGUCGCCAAAGGGCUCAAUUGAUGCCCCGAUCAGAGAUCUCAUCGGCGAGAUCAACAACCUUCAAGGUCUAGUCACGACCAGCAGCUGCUCAGGGCGCAUCAGCAUAUUUUUGGAAGGCCGCAAAGCAGAUGCAGGAGUAGUAGAGCCAGUCUCUGAAAUUGAGGAGUCUCGUGCUGGACCUGGAGGGAAAGGUGGAGGCGGCGCAUGGCUGUUCAUCUCUCACGAACCAAUCGAGACUAAACAGGCGACCCCUAAUUACAUCUCAGAGUUUGGCAUGACAAAGGUAGAGGAUGGGAUGAUAAUACCCAACGUCUCUGCAAGGUAUAUUCACCUCAAGUUCGAGCCCAUGAUACUCCAUAUCUUGAGUGCAUCUCUGGAAGACGCCCAACGUGUGCUCACUGCCGCAUUAGCCGGUGGCUUCCGUGAGAGUGGUGCCGUGAGCCUGGGAUCAACAAAGACAGGAGAAUCAAAUCCAAUGGUGGCAGUACGAUCAGCAGGGUACUCUUUCGAUUCCAUCAUAGGCUACCAAGACGACGAAGGUAGAAACAUCGCUCUUGUUGACGAGAGAUACUUGCGGACUUUGGUCGAUAUUGCAAACGAGCGCUUCAGAAUCAAUUUCGAUCGCAUAGGCCGAUUCCGCACUGGCCUGUUGGAGAUGUAUCAACCUAGCACCUCCAAUGGAACAGGUUCAUCUAAACCAGACUGGGAAGAUGCAGCCGCCAGAAAGCAAAGGAAGAGAGAAGAAGGUCUGGCAAGGCAGCAAGCUCUACAGACAGAGAAAUCUAGCAGCUCUGUGGAUGCAUCAACGGCGGGUGAUAUUAACAGCAUCGACGGGAUGUUUUCCUAGUAGAAGUCUGCCACAGCACGGAUAUAUUAGGAUUUCAUUGUUCCUAGUGGUGCCUGAUAUAACAAGGACUCGGAGAUUUUUCGUCAACAUUGUGACUCAUAAAGGUUCUACAAUAGUCAUACAUGGGAACUUUAGGUAUCA